UCCUCUUUACCCAACCAAUACCUUUUGAAUAAGUCAAAAUGUCUAAGAGAGGACGUGGUGGGGCUUCUGGUAAUAAGUUUCGAAUGACUUUGGGUCUUCCGGUUGGUGCAGUCAUGAAUUGUGCUGAUAACUCCGGAGCCAAAAAUCUGUACGUUAUCUCAGUCAAGGGUAUCCAUGGUCGAUUAAACAGAUUACCUGCAGCUGGUGUUGGUGACAUGGUUAUGGCAACUGUUAAGAAAGGCAAACCAGAUUUGAGGAAAAAAGUUAUGCCCGCUGUAGUGAUUCGUCAAAGGAAACCUUGGCGUAGGAAAGACGGCGUCUUCCUUUAUUUCGAAGAUAACGCUGGAGUCAUUGUGAACCCCAAAGGAGAAAUGAAAGGUUCUGCUAUCACUGGACCGGUAGGAAAAGAAUGUGCAGAUCUUUGGCCACGUAUUGCUUCUUCUUCGGGAACUGUGGUAUAAAAUCAAUAAAACUUUUUAUAAUAAUGAUUCUAAUUAAAAAUUUUACAAUAUAAUAUGAAAUAUAUUCGGUUUUUUUUCUAUUUUCAAUUAAAAUUUUGAUAUUAUAAUGUUUAAAUUUCAAAAAUUACUACAAAUUAUAAAUAUAUAUAUUGCUUCUUUUAGUUUUAUAAUACAGCUCAUGCUUGAAAUUAUUAUUUCCAAAUUUAACAACUAUUUAACCAAAAAACCUUCCAAGCCCAGCUGAAAACAAUUUUCCAACCAUACUCGGAUUUGAAGUAGCUGCUCUAGUUGCAAAACUUGCAGCCCAUUUCUUUUUGGCAUCUUUAUCACAUUGGGUGUAACCAACAACAUUAGCCAUAUUUAAGAUUAUAGCAACAAUUACAAUUAAAAGCCAUUCUGGAUUAAAUAACGUAAGAAAUGCUAAAAAUAGCCAAAUUACUAAUGCAACAUAAAGCGAAAUCCAAAAUAUA